GUCCCCGCCUUAGUAGUAGUCUAAUUACGCUUCUUCGGGCGCCGGCGAAGAGAGCCCUGCGAGCCGCUCCUCUCAUGAGCUCAGGAGCCUCCGCCGCGCACUGCUCGUGAACUGGAGACGUCAAUUCCCAGAAGCACUCCUCGACGGACACGCCCGCCCUCCACGAGCCGCGACGCCGCACGCCAGUCGCCGCGUUCGCGGGAUGAACACAUAUGUACAUUAGAAGAAGAACCCGCGGGCGGCGCCGUGCGAGCGAUAUGGACAAAAGAAGAUAUGGACAUGCGCGCGUCGGUGUUACUACUCGCGCUUCUUUUUGAGCGGCACGGCGAGCUCGCCGUAGGUGUUCGCGCAGGUCGUGGCCUUGGCGCUGAUGCACCCGUAGAACAUGGAAACCUGUGCGUCGAAGUUUAGAACCUGGCGUGAUUUCUUGACGCUGAUAAAAAACGAAGGUCGCGAUGACGUAGUGGUCUUGUUGGAUCGUGCCGUCGGCGCGCGUCGCGAAGGCCGCGAAGGCCGGCAUCAUGACCUAAGACACCGGUCGCGUCGAUGGGGCUCAAAUUAUUUCAAUUGGCGCCGGUCGCGACCGCAUACAUCAGCGCGAAGCAUAGGAGUGUGCCUAUGGUGGGCGAAAUGAUUUCUCGGCAACAACCGCCGCGAUGCUUUACAAUAAAUCUCAUCGCGAGCAAAAAAUUCGCGCCCCACCGCAGACGCAAUAAUCCAAGAUGCCGCCCGCUCACACCGUCCUCUGCCACUCCAAUGCGCACACGGAGCCGCGGCCGAUGGCCACGGCCAACACGUACGUGAACGUCAAGCGCGUCUUUAACACCCAGCCGGAGGCGCCGCCCCGGCGUCCACCGCCUCGACGUCGUCGCCGCCGCAAACCUCGCCCGCCUGCAGGUCCUCGGCUUCGUCGUGAACGUCGGCGAGGCCGUCAACAUCCGCAUGAUGCAGCGCCCGCUCAUGACAUGCCUCCUCUCGCUCCAGGCGUCCGCCGCGGCGUCCUCGUAGAAAAGUUCUCCUUCGACCGGUGCCGCGUCGACGCCAGCGACGCGGUUUGCCGACGGUCGAUCGAAUCGGAUCGAUGCCGCGUCGACGGCGUGACGGUUGAUCGACGCAGGGGCAUGCUGCUCUCCUUCGGCGUCAUGAUGUCCUGCCAGGUCGGCGGCCGCUGGGGCAGCACGACCGGCGUCAACAACUUCGUCUUCGCCGGCUUCGGCAUCCCCUUCGGCCUCACGUUCAUCGUGCCCUCCGGUGCAAAAAUCAAAGUUCGUCGCGUCGAUGGCGUGGCGACUUGUCGAGAAGACUCACGAUUCGCGCACACAGGUGCUCUGCCAGGGCUGCGAGCUCAUCACGGCGAACUACAUGUUCUGCACCUUCGCCUGCCUCGCGGCGGCGCCCGAGGACCGCGCGAACGAGAUCAAGGCCACGGUCAUCAACUGGUUCGUCUGCUGGUGGCUCAACCUCGCCGGCGCCAUCCUCCACUUCGUCAUCUUCGCGUGGCAGACGGGCCUCAUCAAGACCGUGACCAUCGACAACGACAUCUACUCGGACCCCACGGGGGCGCGUCGACGGCGUGGAAGGACGACGUCGCGUCGACAGCGUCAACGAUGAUUUCCGCGCAGGCGCUCGAGAACAACGAGAAGAUCAACUUCCCGAACCGCCGCACGUUCCAGGAGGCGUUCAACAACGGCGACUUCUGCACGACGAAGAACUUCGCGCAGGCCAACAUCUGCAAGCUCAUGAAGGCUGCGCGCGCCAAGUGCACGGCGCACUUCACGACGUCCAUCGUCCGCGGCGCGGGCUGCAACUGGAUGGUCUGCCUCGCCAUCUGGCUCCAGAUGAUCGCGACGGAGCCCAUCUCGAAGUUCAUCAUGAUCUGGCUGCCGAUCGAGCUCUUCAUCUCGUCGGGCUUCGACCACCUGGUCGUGAACGAGUUCCUCAUCCCGGGCGGCAUCAUCGUCGGCGGCAAGUUCCUCGACUCGCGCAUCAACUGGGGCAACGCAUUUUGGUUUAAUUUCAUCCCCGUGACGAUCGGCUCGAUCGUCGGCGCCUGGUUCCUCGUGAUCCCGUUCUGGUUCGUGAACAAGGACGGCUUCUGGAAGCGGCAGGAGCGCGAGGCCGCCGCCAAGGCCGCGAAGGAGGAGAAGGUCGUCGAGGCCUAAACGACCACGACCACCUGUACAUACGCGCACGGUCCGACGCUGCACAUACGCCUCACGACAUCCUCCGGAAACGACCUGCACAUA